ACGUCUUCGAACAGCUAUACCGAAUACAAACCAUAUUGUCUAAGGUACUCAAAUAACAGAGAGGAAGGAAGAAUGAAUACUUUUACUCUCGUCGUCGGGAUGUGUGCAUUGGUGCUGGUAGCUGGACACCAUAAUAAACCACACGAAUGUUUCAUCCGCGGAGAUCCUCAUUACCUGCAGUUUGACGGAUACGACGCCUUGGAUUUUCAAGGCAGGUGUACCUACAUCGUGUCGGAAACAUCCAAUUUUAAUAUGAAUAACCCUCCAACUGACAGCUUCAGAGUGUUGGUCUCCAACAGUCUGUUGCCAAACCAUGACGAUUUGACCUUCAGCACGGCGGUGUGGGUAAUAGUGCAUGGACACACUGUUCGCCUGGACAUGGAAAGGGAUGUCAUUUUGCUCGACGACGAAAUCGCAAACAUCCCCCAUACAGAGAGCAACUUCAACGUCACCCAUCAUCACCCAGGCUAUGUGCGAUUGCUGACAAGUUUUGGGCUGGAGGUCGAACUUCAGAAAUUGACCAACGCCAACAGGAAACACAAGGUGUGGGUGCGAGUACCCGCUUCAUACAAUGGCCAACUCCGCGGCAUAUGCGGGAAUAUGGACGGAAAUGACGACGACGACGAUUUCUUAACACCGGAAGGCACCGUGGAAAACGAUGUCACCGUUUUUGGAAACAGUUGGAAACAGAGCUUGGGGCUCGUCGAACCCAUUGAGUGCAGAUAAAUUUAAAUCGCGUCACUUUCGAAAUGAGAGGCGGUUGUGCUGAAAAAAAAAAAUAAAUAGAGCCUUGCUUCAAGAUCUUUUCCAAUCCGUAUAUCAUUGGAUCUAAUCCGGUCACGAAAUACACGGACCCUUUGCAGCACGGACAUGCAAGGAACCACUCAUACCAGGCAUACACGGACCUACUGUGAUCCUUAUAACAUUGAGC